CUGCCUGCCUGCCUGCCUGCUUGCUCGUUGCGGGAGGGGGCAGCCCAGAGCGCUCGGGUCCCGGACAGAGCCACAGCCACCACGCAGCAGCAGCGGGCGGUGUGUGAGCGGCCAUUUCCCCCCGCGGCUGCCCAUCGUGGAUGCUUGGAGUGCCCCCCAAUUCUCUUCCUGCGGCCGAAGAGGGAAACUUCCUCGGCGGGCGAGUCUCGUGGGCUCUGCCAUAAUUUAUGGUGAUCUGCUGUGCCUGAUUCUUGGGGCUUGGCAGAAGUUGCUGGAGCUUGCAUGCUGCUUCAUGCAGUUACACGUUCUGGGUCAUGAAACUUAAUCCACAGCAAGCUCCGUUGUAUGGCGACUGCAUAAUCACCAUAUUGCUUACUGAGGAUGACAAAGCUGGGAGCGAUGAUGUAGUUUUCUACCUUGUGUUUACUGGAUCCGCUGUUCAGCACUGUACCAGCACUAGGAAGCUUGAUUCAGGGACAUUGGAGACCAUUGCUCCUGGCCACGAUUGCUGCGAGACGGUGAAAGUCUCUCUCUGCGCUGCCAAGCAAGGCUCCCCUCUCUUGGUGGUGGCAGAGGACAGCCUGCAGUUUGUUCAGGAUGAAGCUUAUGAUGCAGCUCAGUUCUUGGCAACCUGCGCUGGCAACCAGCAGGCUCUGAACUUCACGAGGUUCCUGGACAACUCCAGGCCGCCGGCUGGGGAUGUGGACUUCCUGGAUGAGAAAGUGGCUUUGGCGUUUCGUCAUCUGAAAUUGCCGGCUGGGUGGAACGUACUGGGAGCAGACCACACUGCAAAUGAGAAUGUUCCCCGGGAGACAUUGAUGCAUUUUGCUGUAAGGCUUGGACUGCUGCGACUUACGUGGUUCCUCUUGCAACAGCCAGGCGGAAGAGGAGCCCUCAGUGUCCCCAACCGUGAAGGAGCCACUCCUGUCAGCUUGGCCUUGGAGAAGGGAUAUCAGAAGCUGCAUCAACUCCUGACAGAAGAAGGAGCCAGCGAACCAGAUUCCUGGAGCGCCUUGUCACACACAGUGCAUUCCGGGGAGUACUGUGUGAAGUACCACCGGGGGCUAAACAUUUAUACCCUGACGGUCGAAACGAAGGAAGGAGCGGGAUCGAGCAUGGAGAGCGACGUCGUCUGCCUCCAAGCGCACAUACAGAACCAUCAGCACAUGAAUCCCAGUGAACACCCACACCCUGAGCAGGAAACCAGUUGCGAGGACUGCAAUUUGGGCCAGGGAGCUGAGGGCCACACAGCUGUUCCGAGCUGCCAUCCUGGUGAAAUGACGGCAGAAGGAAACCAAGGAGAUGCUUCUGUCCCGCUGGCUCUUGCUGCGAUGCAGGUUUUGGCCCUUGCCUGCCCUGAGGAAGAUAGACAGCCGAAGGUGCCCUUAGACACGCCAAAAGAUUCGUUGAGGCUGGAGGAAGCGGCUAACCCAGAGUCUUCCUGUGAGAGUCAAAAUACAGUUACCAGGCUGCACAAAGAGGAAGAGGCGGAGUCAGCCUUUGCUGUAGAGGCCGGGGCAACACUGGAGGCAAAUGACGGCAGGCUGAGUGUGCUUGCUGGACUUCACAGUGCUGUCGGCCUCCCGCCCUGUGGAAAUACAAGCCAGGAAGUUGGGAUGACAACCCCCAGCAUUGCUUUGGAGGAAGGACACCUGUGUGGAAGGGGUACCUCUAACCAGGAAGUGCAGGCAACUGAAGUGAAAGAAGCUGGAAGUGUCCCUUCAAAGCCUCCGACUUCCUGCAAGGACCAGGAUGCAAGUAUGGGGCAGGGCGAAUGCAGGAGCUGUACGGGGACUGCGGAUGCUACAACCCAGCAGCGUGUGGCGAAUGGGGAGAGGGAUUGUGAGCCUGCUGGAGCCACGGAAACUUUGCUUCCAGCCGGUGCAGUGCGGAGAGAGCCUGCUGCAAACUUCCCAGGAGACAGCGCUGCUUCUGCUGCCCGCAAAGGUGAGGGGGUUGAAGUGGUGGACCUACAAAGUGAUGCACCUGCAGAUAGUGGCACAGGUGUUAGUCUUUUCGAGAGCGGAAGUAGCAAAACGGCAGGAUCAGAGACUCCCAGCGAGAGCGGGAAGGAGGAUUUCACAAAGUGUCCGGAGGGCUGUGAGCUUCCCGGUGAGGAGGCGCAGAGCACAGCCCCGAGCCCUGCGACAGAAGCGGCGGCAGCAGCAGUGAACGUAACAGGGAUUUCAGAGUCUUCUCCAAAGCGUGACCCUGGGGUGGAAGUGCAUGAGUGUGGGCAGAAACCGGAAGGUGGAAACCUGCCUACUGACACUCAUUCUGAUGCCAAUGUGGAAAAUGAUGAGUUGGGUCGAACGUUUGUGGUGGAGCCCAGAGCCCCUGGCAUCACUGAUAAGAGAACAGAGCCUGUGGCUGAGGUGGGGGAUAAGCAAAAAGACCUUGAGCCGAUGCAAUCGGGAACCGAAACUGCUAGCUGUGGAGGAAGUGCUGCCUCUACCAGCCUCAGCCAGGGGGCAUCUGAUACUUGCGAUGCUCAGAAAGGAGCUGUCAACGUUGAGGAACAAGUUAGCGCCCCAGUAUUGUGUGCGGAUUCUGCUGAUGCCUCUGAACUGCAGGCAGACUCGCUCAGCCCUCCAGUGUCGUCCCCUGCCCAAGUGGAGCCUCUUCCCCUUUCCAAACAGGCAGAGGUGGAGGAAAGCAGCCGAGAGCUGGACCGGUUUAGCAAAAGCGCUCAGGAAUUCAUUGCCCUGGCUUCUUCCUUGCUUGUCGAAGAAGCGAUCCAGCAGGCCCAGCUGAUCGUCGCUCAGGAGAGCAAGGCCAGAGCGGCCCCUGUUGGCCAGGAGGCAUCUCUGCACCACCAGGACCUUGCCCUACCUUUGUGUGGCAAGGGCACCGAGUGUGCACAGGAUAAUGUAAUGGGCACACCCUCUGCUAUUCAUAAUAGAGAAUCCAAACAAAUCCAGGAAGUAGGAGCAGCAGCAGCAGCAGCAGAGACAGCAACAGAGCCGACAGCAGCUGCCGCAGAGGGAAGCCCUUUUUGCAGCGAAGAAACGGCAGAGACUCUCUCUCUGGUGGAUCACCGGGGAGAAAACCAAGAGGGCUUUUCUGCACAGCUGCCUGGAAGCGGACAGGAGCUGCCUGGCAAAGAGGAGGCUUUGUCGGAGGGCCCGGCACCAGCAGCUGUUGUGCAAUCCCCUCCUCCUUGUUGUCAGGGCAAGGAGCUGGGAGGCAACGAAAGUAAUGCUAAAGCAGGGUUGAAGGGAGAAGCCUCCAGCUCAGGCACCGAUGAGAAUGCGAAGGCGUGUAUCUCUGGGGAUGCCCUGCCAGGCCCUGGACCGCCAGAGGAUGGCUCUAUCUGUCCCUGCGAGGCCCCCUUCCCCGAUGCUACGCUGAACCAAGAACUUGAGCCCAGCUGCCCAGAUCUGUGUGCAGCCCCUCCACCUGGUGGCUUCUCUGAUUUAAUGGAAGCCCCCUUGGUCAUUAGCGAUCUACCUGUUGCAGCCAUUCUUCCACGGGAAGGAGGGGAGGAGGUGGAGAAUGCGCCUUCCAGAGUAUUGCUUCAGCCGAUUGCCGAAGAGCCCCCAUGCGAUGGGGACCCUGGCUCUGAAAUGUUCUUUUUGGCCAGCGAGGGGGAAGCUAGGCCUGGAGUUGAAGCAGCCCAGAUGGAGGGCCUAGCUCAGCCCAGCAAUGGCACAGGGGAGGAAAGCCAAGCUGAACAGGAUUCCCAGCUUUUGCAACCCUCUCCCUGCGUGGCUGCCGAGCCGCUGGGAAAAGGGGAGGCAGCAGGUUCUGUUCAAGAAGCUGACGGUCCCUGGGUGGAUAAUGUUGACAAGACAGUUACAAGCGCCGAUCAGGCGGCAGCCGUGGCAGAAGCAUGUGGUCCCUUUGUGUCUCCGGCUGGAAGCUCUGUGGAAAUCGCCUCCUUAGCAGAGUCCAGAUCUGAGGCACAGCAUGCGGCGGAUGCUGGAUCCAUCCCUAAUGGAGAAGCGGAUUUAAGUUUGCAGCCUGGCGGACUGACGGAGGGAGCUGUAAGCCCAGCACUUCCAAGCUGUUCACCUGUUGCAGAGGCUGUACAGAUGAAGACCGAAGAAGAGGUGGGUUUCUUGAGGGAUCUCGCUGAGAGCUCGGCUUCCGAAGGAAUGAUUAACCGUGAAAGCUGGAGUCCUGUUGAAACUGCUCAGGAUCCGUCACUGUUGGAGCCAAAGCAUCCAUGUCGUUCUGCAGAGAGUGAUAAUUUCCUAGAAGAUGGACUAAGUGGCGAUUGUACCUCAUCGCAAGACGUACUUAAAAGAAGAUCUGAGAGCGAAUCUGACCUCUUUCCUCUCUCAGGAGAUGGGAUGGACGAGGUGGACUUCGGGAAGCAGCCCGAAGAGGAGCAGUCGGCGGGCGAUAGCACAAGUUCUAGUUUCUCUGCUGACGAUACGCUGUCCCUAGAAAGGAACUCGUCCCUUGGGAGUGACAUCUCCCUCCCUCAGGCGCUAGGCAUCAGCAGGCCCAAGGAUCGAUACAGCCUGGAUGGCAGCUGCUUCAACAUGGCAACAAGUGCCGAGGGCCAAGAUGGCGAAGCUGGCGUCUCCGGGGAGCUGGACGAAGAGCUGGACAGCAUCACGGAAGUGCCUCCUCCUGCUUCUGCCCUGAAGAGCUCCAUGAGGCCGCUGUCUCCUUUCCGCCGGCAUAGUUGGGGCCCUGGGAAGAAUGGCAGCAACGAGGCCGAGAUGAACCAUCGAAGUUCAAUGCGAGUGCUGGGGGAUGGUGUAAGGAAGCCUCCCACCCAUAGGAGAAGUUUGAGCUGGUGUCCCUCUGAUGUCCAGUGCACCGCCAUGGGUGCUGAUUUGAAUGGCAGAAGUUACAGCUUAGAAGGCCUUGCUGGGGAGGGUGACGGUACUAAGAAGCCACCCUCCAGCCUCGAAACGGCAACUCUGAACACCAAAGAUCUCCGGCAAAGCCCCCUGGCAAAUGACGAGCGUGGUUCUCUGGUCUCACUCACCGAAGAGGAGCUGGAACUAGAACAAGGGGCAAUUAGAAGUCUUAACCGCCAGAUACGCCAAAGAUCUCAGCCCCGUGCCUUCAGCUUCACUGCAACUCCUGUUUCUCCUCCACUGACUAAGUCCAUGUCAUUGAUGACCAUUGGCCAAGCUGGACCAGACACCCAGGGACGGACUCGGCCAUCCAGACGAAUUUCCUUCUCCUUCAGCAUCUCUCCACUCAUUCCUAAGUCUAAAACUGUCUUUUCUAUUGGCUCUUCUUCCAGUGAUGAGGAUGAGGAGUUGGAUAGUAACAGAUCUUUCAGCAGUACCGGCAGUUCAUUGACUCAAAGCAUCUGCGAGGAGAGCAGCAAUUUCCUGCCUCCCAGCCCAUCCAGAAAGGACUUGGACAGCAAAAGUGGAACGAAAGUCAGCCGCACGUUCAGCUACCUCAAGAAUAAAAUGGUCAGCAGUAAGAAGAGCAAAGAAAAAGAGAAAGAUAAGGAGAAAACAAAAGAGAAGGACAAAGACUCCAAGGAAAAGGACAAGAAGAUGAUAAAUGGGCACCUCUUCAGUGCCACUCCGACAGUGGGGCCUAUCCAUUGUUGCCACUGUUUGAAGCCUUUUAACAAGGAUUCCUUUGCCUGUGCAAGUUGUGGUAUUCUGGUCCAUAAAAACUGUAAGGAGAACGUGGUUGCUUGUGCCAAAGCCAAAAUGAAGAAAGGAGGAGGCCUUCUAGUCAAUGAUACUUCCUCGUUACCUACAGUAAUUAUGAGAAAUAAGCCCUCUCAGCCAAAGGAGAGACCUCGAUCUGCGAUUCUAGCCCCUGAUGAGAACACCGUGACCUCCAUGUUCAAUAGCAGGCGAUCCCAGCAUAACCCUUCCCUUUCGAAAAGUGUCUCCAUCCAGAACAUUGCUGGAGUUGGGAAUGAUGAAAACAUACUUUCAUGGAAGUUCCUCUCUCAGUCAACGGACUCCUUGAAUAAAAUAAGCCGGGUGAACGAAUCCAUGGAGUCAUUAACAGAUGAAGGUGCAGAUAUGAAUGAAGGCCAGCUCAUGGGAGAUUUCGAAACAGACUCAAAGCAGCUGGAAGCCCAGUCCUGGAGUCAAGUCGUAGACGCCAAGUUUCUCCGGCAACAAAAGAAGGAUGUUGUGAAGCGGCAAGAUGUCAUUUAUGAACUGAUGCAGACGGAAAUGCACCACGUCCGCACCUUGAAGAUCAUGAGUGACGUGUACAGCAGAGGAAUGGUGCAGGAAUUGCAGUAUGAGCAGCAGAUGGUGGAAAAAGUCUUCCCUUGCUUGGAUGACUUGCUAAACAUCCACACCCAGUUCUUCCAGCGGAUUCUGGAGAGGAAGAAGGAGUCGCUGGCGGACAGAAGCGAGAAGAAUUUUGUCAUCAAGAGGAUAGGGGACAUCCUUGUGAACCAAUUUUCUGGGGAGAAUGCUGAGAAAAUGAAGAAAACCUACGGCAAGUUCUGCGGGCACCACAAUGAGGCGGUGAAUUAUUUUAAAGACCUUCAUUCCAAGGAGAAACGCUUUCAAGCAUUCAUCAAGAAAAAGAUGAGCAGCUCUGUGGUGAGGCGUCUGGGCAUUCCUGAGUGCAUCUUGCUAGUAACACAGAGGAUCACCAAAUAUCCUGUGCUGCUACAAAGAAUACUGCAGCAUACCAAAGAAAACGACGAAGAACAUCAAGAUUUGGUGCUGUCCCUAAACCUGGUGAAGGAAGUAAUCACAGCUGUGAACAGCAAAGUCAGCAACUACGAGAAGAAGAUGCGCCUCAAUGAAAUCUACACCCGGACGGACAGCAAGUCUAUCAUGAGAAUGAAGAGCGGGCAGAUGUUCGCCAGAGAGGACCUGCGGCGCAGGAAGUUUGUCCGGGACGGGCCCAUCUCCCUGAGAAAUGCAGCCAGCAAACUGAAAGAGGUCCAGGCUGUUCUCCUCUCAGAUGUUCUGAUAUUUCUUCAGGAAAAGGACCAGAAAUAUGUGUUUGCAUCUCUGGAUCAAAAAUCCACAGUGAUAUCUCUAAAGAAGCUGAUUGUCCGAGAAGUAGCCCAUGAGGAGAAGGGUUUGUUCCUUAUCAGCAUGGGAGGGAAGGACCCAGAAAUGGUGGAAGUUCGCGCCAGCUCAAAGGAAGAGCGCAACAGCUGGAUACAAAGCAUCCAGGACACCAUGAAUACUAUGGAUAAGGAAGAAGAUGAAGGCAUCCCUAGUGAAUCGGAGGAGGAAAAGCGAGUGCUCGACACCAAAGCCCGGGAACUGAAAGAACAGCUCCAUCAAAAAGACCAGCAGAUUAUCACACUGCUGGAGGAGAAGGAGAAGAUCUUUCGGGACAUGACAGACUGCAGCGGGCACGAGGACAGCUCGGGGGCUAGGACCUUGUUCCGGGCCAACACGGAAGAAGCACCCAAGGGGGAAAGUGUGAUGAAGAGUGUGAUAACUGAAGUUGAGCUGUUGCAAGGGUUGGUGAGCAGGAGCCUCGGAAGUGCCCUUGGGCAACAGAUGAGCAGCCUCACCUUGGAGCAAGAGGGCGUGGGACCCGUCUCCCUCCCCAGGAGGGCAGAGACAUUUGGAGGAUUUGACAGUCACCAAAUGAAUGUCUGCAAGGGGGUGGAAAAGGUUGAAGGAGACGAUGUGCAGGAUCUUCGGAGGACAGAGUCGGACAGUGUUUUGAAGAAGGGAGGAACAGCCAACUUGAUGUUUGUGCUGAAAAGGAACAAUGAGCAAGUUCUCCAGAGCAUCACUCACCUCCACAGCUUGCUGGGUAUGUUGCAGGCUGUUGUCGUGCAGCAGGACACCUACAUUGAGGACCAGAAGCUUCUCCUGACGGAGAGGGCCCUGACCCGCAGCUCCCUGCGCCCCAACUCCCUGAUCGAGCAGGAGAAGCAGCGCAGCCUGGAGAAGCAGCGGCAGGAGCUGGCCAACCUGCAGAAGCAGCAGGCCCAGCACCAGGAGGAGAAGCGGAAGAGGGAGCGGGAGUGGGAGGCCCGCGAGAAGGAGGUGGCGGAGCGGGAGGCCCGGCUGGCCCAGCGGGAGGAGCAGCUCCAGAAGGGGCACCACAGCCUGGAGAAGGAGCAGGAGGAGCUGCAGCAGAAGAAGGCCACCUACCAGCUUGAUCUGGAGCACCUCCGCGCAGCCCAGAAGCAGCUGGAGAAGGAGAAGGAGCAGCUCAAGAGGGACAUGGAGCAGAUCUCCCAGCUGCGGGCAGAGCCCAACCGCAGUCCACUUUCCAACCAGCACGGCAAGAUGACCAGGACACCUUCCCUUCCCGUGCCCGACGACUCGUCUUCCAGGCAACAGGGCCAUUUGGAGAAAGAACUGUCUGCGUCGCCCAAAAGGAACAGCCUCACAAGGACGCACAAGGAGAAAGGCGCUUUCCACCUGCUUGGCACGACGACGUCGAGCCAAGCCAACAAGGCAGCUGACGGACAGGGUCAGGUGCAGAACCGCCUCUUUGGCUUGGCCAAGCCAAAGGAGAAGAAGGAGAAGAAGAAGAAGGGCAAAGGGCACCGUUCUCAGCCAGCCGAGGCUCAGUCGCCAGAAGCUGCACCGGAGGGCGAGGAAAUCUUCUGCUGACCCCACUGUUCCACCUCCUGCAAGGAUGAGGCUGCCCCGUGCUGUGCCCUGCAGAGCGCUCC